AUGAUGAAACUUUUAAUAUUAUUGAUUUUGUUUGUCUCUAUCCCAACUAUCUUUAGUCGUAAAUGUGUUACAACUGGCGAUGACCAACCUCUCCAAAUAUCAUUCAAAAAGUUCAAUAUUACAAAUUUUUUAAAAGAAUUGACUCAAUUACAAAUUGAUGAAUUUAAUGAUGAUUUAUGUCACAUUGUAAUUAUUAUUGCUAAUCUGGACAAACAAAUCAAAAUUCUUUUUACUGAAUUUAUUGAAGAUAAAAUAUUAACUAAUGAAGAUGCUGUGUUGACAAUAGGCAUUGGAAAAGUCGAAACAUGGUAUUUCCUUGAGCAUGCUUGUAAUGAAGAGAAAUGUGAGAUUGAAUUUGUGAACAAAUAUCUUCAAUUGCUUCUCGAUGUUCAUUAUCACGAAUGGUUCAACGAAUUGACAAAAUUAAUUAUCAAUAAUGGUACAAUUCCACGAAUGUGUUUUGUUGAUGAAGGCAAAAAUAAACAGUGUUCAGGUCAGAAAUGUUCUGCGACAUUUCCACUCUACGAUAACCAGAGCAGAUGGACUGAUCAACGUUGUGUAAAAACAAAUGAUGGAAAUAGCGCGGUAUCAGUGAAUGUUUUGAUUCACACUUAUUUGGAUGAGAAUUUGGCAAAUGUCGCUGUCAGUAUUGGCUUCAUUUGCGAAUAUAAUCUGUGCAACAGUCAUAGUAUUAUCUCGCAAAUAAAGAAUAUCGUUCAAGAGAAAUAUGAUGUAGCUGAUGUAUUUCAAAUUUUUAAUUAUCAAAGAAAAUCAACAUUGAUUUCGACAACCGCUGUUGAUACAACAACAACAACAACAACAACAACAACAACGAAGAGUAAUGCAUGGAAGAUAACAAGUACAGUAAUAAUUAUGAAUAUGGUUUUCAUGAGAAUUAUAUUUCGCUUAGUUUUCUGCAUUUAA